AUUUGUAGCGCUAGCGUUUAGCCAUCCUGAAGGUUUUCGUUUCGUGUGAAGAAAAGCGCGACUCAUUCGCAUCACAUCAGCCUUUAUCUUAUUUCAAAUGUAACCUGUCAACCUGUUAUCGGACCAAACAUUCAUUGGCUCAUUAAAAGCAUUUUUGCGGCUUGUUUGUUGUGAAGUAGUCCCGUUGGUGGUGGUAAUGAGCCACAGAGCUGCCCAACAGUAGCAGUAGAAGAAGAACCGUGUUAUUGUCAACAGAGUAAUGUUUGACAGCAUUUCUGUAACUAUAAACUAGCGUUCACCUUCAGGUUUGAAUGUUUCAUUUAUCCCGUUUUUAAAAAAUGUCUGACAGACAGCAUUGUUUGUGCUGCUCUCAUCCCGUCUCCUCUGCUAGUGUUUACCAGACGCUGUACGAAAUGGAUUUUGAACGAGGUAUCUGGUCUGCUGCAAUGAAUGGAGACUUGGAGAGGGUAAAGUCCUUAGUGCAGAAGGGGACAGACCCUAAUUUGAGAGACUCAGCUGGAUACACCGCGCUGCACUAUGGAAGUCGCAGUGGUCAUCUCUCUGUGUGCAAGUUUCUUCUUGAGAACGGUGCCUGUGCGUCUCCGCAGACGCCAGGUGGGGCCACGCCGCUCCAUCGAUCAGCUUACUGCGGUCACCUGAAUGUGGUGAGACUCCUUCUGCAACACAGAGCAGAUCCAGCACUCUGUGACGAUGACGGCAUGUCCCCUUUACACAAGGCUGCAGAAGGCGGUCACGAAGAGGUCUGUCAGCUCCUUGUUGAGCGCUGCCCAGCACUCCGCAUCCAGAUGAACAAGAGGCUCCAGCUACCCUACCAGCUGGCACAGCAGGGAGACCUGCAGGAGCUCUUAAAACCCCCCCGUUGAUGGCAGAUGCACUGAACCUGAGGCACUUCUAUGUUGCUAAGAUCACACGAAUGAUCUCCCACAUUUUCCUUAGCAAGCAUCAGCAUUCAUGUUUGGAAGAGAAAGUUACAGCUGUUGAUGAGAACUGAGACGUGGUGAGGAAAUGGAUGGGAAGUUGGAAGAUUCAAUCGAACACACCCACCUUUUGAGCUGAAGUGCUCUUGGUGGCUGAAUGUUAAGAUAACUGAUGGUGCAUUAUAAACUUUGAUGUGUAUUUGUGAAAUUAAAUUUAUAUCCGGA